AUGUCACGCAACAACAGCUUCUCAACUAUGCAGCGCAACGACAGCUUCGAUCUCACCUUGGCUCAUCAUGACCAUGUGGUCUGUGUUGUCGGAGUUGGCUAUGUCGGCGAACAUUUGCUCAGGUCCUUUGGUACUUGCUACCAGUCCAUUGGUUUCGACAUUUCUGUCCAACGCCUUGCACAAUUGCAACCUGUCUUUGGCCACAUGCCCAAUGUCACUCUCACCAACGACGAGUCCUACUUGGACAGAGCUACUGCCUAUCUCAUCUCAGUCCCUACCCUUCUCAAGGCCGACAACACUGUCGACUUGAGCCAUCUCAUCAGCGCCUUGGCCAUGGUCUUGAAGCACGUUCAACCUGGCAACACUAUCGUUAUUGAGAGCAGUGUGCAAGUCGGCACCACUCGUCAAAUUCUUGGCCCCUACCAAAACAUCCUCCACUGCGGCAUGUCUCCUGAACGUGUCGAUCCCGGUCGCACCUUCCCCACUGCCCAGCAGAUUCCCAAGAUCAUCUCAGCACUCACUCCUGCCUCGAACUCCAUCAUCCACAAGUUGUACGCUCGUGUCUUCGAACAAGUGGUACCUGUCAGCAAGCCCGAAGUGGCUGAAAUGACCAAGCUGUUCGAGAACUGCUACCGCAUGGUUAACAUCGCCUACGUCAACGAGAUGUCUGACGCAGCACGCGCUCACGGCAUCGACCCCAAUGAGAUGAUUGACGCAGCCGCAACGAAACCCUACGGCUACCAGGCUUUCCGUCCUGGUCUCGGUGUUGGUGGUCACUGCAUCCCUGUCAACCCUUUCUACCUCUUCUCCAACAACCCCAACUUGCCUGUACUCAAGCGUGCUACCAAGCUGAUGCGCAACCGCCCCGCCGCUUUGGCCAAGAAGCUUCACCGUCGCUGCGCCGCUCGUGCUGCUUGCCCUACUGGCCCUCGCAUCCUCGUCGUCGGCAUCGGCUUCAAGCCUGGCCAGAGUGUUCUCAGCUACUCUCCUGGUCUUGCAUUCGCAACUGAGCUGCAACGUCUCGGUUGCUCUCGCCUCGUCUUCCAUGACCCUCUUGUCGAGCAAGCUCAGGUACCAUGGCUCGAGAAGCUUGACCACGCCGGCUUCCACCCUGGUCGUCUGGAUCUCGAGUUCGAUGCCGUCGCUGUCUGCACGAGACAACAUGGAGUCGACUUCACCGUCCUUGACAAGCUGCGCCACUGCAGAGUCAAGACCUUCGACACUGCAUAG